CAGGGGUUAGAUUGAUGCUUUAAGUGUUUAGAAUGCCCGUUGUUUCUUAUAUGCUUCAUUCAUUGUAUGUAUUAUAUUCUGAUUUUACACAUCAAACAUAAUUUUAUUGCAGGACGAUACGAGAUCGAGAUUUGAAAUCGUUAUAAAAAUUCAGAACCUUCCUGAGAAAGCAGGUUUCGCUAUGAAACCCAAAGACACCGAUUUGAAUGACAUAAAUUGGUAUGGCUCUCGGCAUUCUGGUCAUGUAGUCCAUGCAAGUUGUCUCACAUGGUCAUAUUUGGUUAGAUCUAUCAUUACAAAUAUCAAGUUUCUCACCCAUAUUGGAUCAAGUUGAUCACACUAGUUUGCCAUUGGCAUUGAGGCCUCAUGCGUUUUCUGUUGCAGAGAAAAAGCACUUGUUCGGCACUCAAGGAGGGCUUCCAAGAACACCCUCAGCUCAAGGCUCAGCCGCAGGAUCGAGAUCGUUUCACACGAUGGUGCAGGGGAAUUCGAAAUGCCAUGGACCUCUUGUUUCGGCACCAAAAUCAAAGGCUUUGAAGCCUGGGAUGCCAAGGAGAGUAGGGUGGUUUUUAUCUUUAGGGAUAGAUAUCAGCAAGUUGAUAAAACGUGUAUGAUUUAUAUUCUUUUGACAUGAAUUAUUAGAUGGUGUGGUAUUCGGACAUCAAAACUGAAACUUGCUCAAGUUAAAUUAUUUUAUCAAGAA